AAAAUGAUUGGUAUGGUAAACGUGCCCUGCGAUUCACCCAUUGACUACUACGCUGCUCCUCGUAGAGAUGAACCGCCACAUUGCAAAAAUACCGAUGGAGUUACGAGACCACCGCUGAAACGGACGCCUUCGUACAGGCCACUGUUCAUGAGCACCCGAAAGAAGAUCGUUUAUGCACCGGAUGGGAGAAAAUACAGUGAUGGCGUCGCACUUGAGAAUGACAAUCUUAGCGUGCUUGAACUGUGA